UGUCUCUUCUCACUCUGACUUCAGAACAUUAGCAGGCAGAAGUGAAGUCAGUUCAGUCUUUACUUCAUCAUGACUGCACUGAAACGUAUGAUGCGUUUGUGCGUGUGUGUUAGUGUGGCUCUUAAUGUUAUGGCUCAAGACAAUACACUCUUCAGAAAUUCAGAACAGAUAGAGCUUCAAAGCAUGAGAGUGGACUGCAAGGUCGCAUCGCGUUUCGCUCACACGACCAUGACCACCAAAGCCCUGAAUGCAGCCAACGAUUCAAAGGAAGUUUUCUUUGAAGUGGACCUUCCCAAAACAGCCUUCAUCACCAACUUCAGCAUAGAGAUUGAGGGUAGAGUGUACAUCAGUGAGGUGAAGGAAAAAGAGAAGGCCAGGCAGCAGUAUGAGAAGGCCUUGUCAUCCGGGCAGACCGCCGGACUGGUCAGGGCUUCUGGAAGGCACAUGGAGAAAUUCUCAGUGUCUGUGAAUGUGGCAGCACAGAGUAUCGUCACUUUUACUCUUACUUACGAAGAGCUCCUGCGCCGUCGUCUCGGCAGCUAUGAGAUCAUGAUAGGUCUUCGACCCAAACAGCUGGUUCAGAAUUUUGAGAUUGCGGUAGAUAUAUACGAACCCCAGGGCAUUGCGUUUGUGGAUGUCAACAGUACAUUCAUCACCAAUGAACUGCUCCCUCUAGUUGAGAAAACGGUCACAGAUAAAAUGGCCCAUGUGUACUUUUCUCCUACGCUGGGUCAACAGAGGCAAUGUUCGGACUGUGAAGGCACUCUGAUCCACGGGGAUUUAUUUGUCAAUUAUGACGUGAACCACGCACAGGAUAUUGGUGAAAUUCAGAUAGUGAACGGCUACUUUGUACACUUUUUUGCUCCAGAUAAUUUGUCUCAAAUCCCUAAGAAUGUAGUUUUUGUGAUAGACCGGAGUGGGUCCAUGACAGGAGAGAAAAUUAAACAGACUCGAGAAGCUUUGGUGACUAUAUUGAGUGACCUCCACGAAGACGAUUACUUUGGGCUGGUCACGUUUGAUGAUGUCAUAGAGUCAUGGAGGCCUACGCUUAGCAAAGCUACACCAGAGAAUGUGGCAGAAGCGAAAGAAUUUGUCCAAACUAUUACAGCCAGACACUUAACUGAUAUAAACAAGGCCAUUCUGCAUGCGGUGGACAUGCUUACGGCAGAACAAAAUGACUCCCUCCCAGACAUGUCCAUGAUCAUCCUACUAACUGAUGGAAGACCAAGCGCUGGGGAACAGGAUCUUCCCGCAAUGCAAGAAAACAUCCGCAAUUCAAUUAAUGGAAGCCUGAGGCUCUUUUGUUUGGGCUUUGGCUAUGAUUUGGACUACAGCCUUCUCGACACUUUAGCCAAGCAGAACGACGGUUUGGCUCGCAGAGUCUAUGAGGCCUCAGAUGCUACACUUCAACUGCAGGGUUUUUAUGAAGAGGUGGCAAGCCCACUACUCUUGGAGGUGAAUCUCGACUACCCUGAUGACACUGUCACCUCCUUGACCAAAAGUCACUUUAAGCAAUUCUUCAAGGGUUCUGAGAUUGUGGUAGCCGGUCGCAUUCAGAAAUCUGAGAUUAACACAUUUCAGACAGAAGUGUCUGCUGACGGGUUGGAAGAUCGGUUUGUUGUCAAGGGCUUCGCUGUUGUUGAGGAGUGGGACACUGUGUUCCCUGAGCAAGACUACAUUUUUGGGGACUUCAUAGAGCAUCUGUGGGCUUAUCUGACCAUCCAGCAGCUCCUGGAUAAAAUGGACAACUGCUCUCCUGAGGAGAAGGAAAACAUCACAGCUAAGGCUCUAGAUCUUUCUCUGAGGUAUAACUUCGUCACACCACUUACUUCCAUGGUGGUCACCAAACCACAGGCCGGAGAUGAAGAAACGCUCAUUGCUGACAAGCUGACUGAAGAUCAACGGGAGGACUUAACAGAAACUGACUUAUCUGUAGAUGCCCUCUAUGCUCCACCCCAGUGGUUGAGCAGUAUCGCCAAACCUUCAUAUUUUGCUGAUGGAGAUCCACACUUCAUCCUUGAACUGCCAGAUCAGAACGAUUCCCUUUGCUUCAACUUUGAUGACAAACCUGGAACCAUCUUUAACCUGGUUAGAGACCCACUAACAGGUAUAACAGCGAAUGGACAGAUCAUUGGAGAAAAAAGACCAGUGCCAGGGGGCAAGAUGCAGACCUACUUUGGGCGGUUUGGGAUUGUUCAUGAGCAGCUUGGUAUCAGAUUGAUGGUGAGCACGAAGGAGAUCUCAGUGUCUGAAAAAGGGAAAGAGACUCAAUUCUUUUGGUCUACCACAAGCACAGUAAAAGGACAGAGCAUGGAUCUGCAGAUAAUCAAAUAUCACAGUUUAACAGUGACCGUGAGAGACUCAGUCAAGUUUCAGAUCAUCCUGCACAAAAUGUGGAAAAACCACUCACAUCAUCAAGACUACCUUGGAUUUUACAUCCUGGACAGCCACCUCCUAUCCAACAGUGUCCAUGGCCUGCUUGGUCAGUUUUACCAGGGCGUGAACUUUGAAGUAAGUGACUUGUUUCCAGGAAAGGACCCUGACAAACAAGACGCCAUCAUGUUUGUGAAAGGAAACAAACUCACGGUUACCAGGGGCUGGAAAAGAGAUUUCAGGAAGGAUGUGAAGAAUGGUGAAAAUGUUCCAUGUUGGUUCAUUCAUAAUAAUGGCAUUGGACUUCUCGAUGGAGUUCACACCGACUACAUCGUGUCUAGCCUCUUCUAAACCAUCUGAGAAACAUCUGUGUCUCAAUAGACUUCUGCAAUACACACAAUGAAUAUGAGAUUAAAAGUACACGUUAGCUGUCUCCUACAUUCAUAAAUACAUUCAAUGUUCUUUUUUAUAUAAACGCCACUUGGCACGGCAUUAGAAAGCUGUUGAUACUAACCUAUUGAAGUAGGCCUACUGGUUUUUAUUAGCUUAGAAAAAUGCAUUUCUAACGUUUGCCAGCUGUUCAAAUGUAUCGGGGGAUGUUUCGCUAGCUAGUAUAUUCAUGGCACGUUUGCAUUCUGUCUAACUGUGGCAUCUGUUGUGCUUGUCUAAUGCUCACUAUCCUCACAUGGUGUUUUAAUACAGCCCUGCUGACCAAUAAAGCAAGACUUAUUCACA